CUGGACAUACAUACCUACCUCAUAACAUUACGUCUACCAUUCACAUCACCACCUUCCUCACUACCACUCGAAUUGAUCCAUCUAUCUCCAGGUACUACAUACAUAGUAGAUCUCAUCUCCAAUAAUUCUUAUCUCUAUUAUUGUAAAUCAACUUCAAUUGAUUCGCAAUAAUGUCGGGUUGGGGUCAAAACCAGGGUUACGGAUACGGCGGACAUCAACCUCCUCCCCAGGGAUAUCCUCCUCCUCAAGGAUAUAAUCAAUAUGGCCCUCCUGGCGGCGGUCCUCCUCAGGGAUAUAAUCAAUAUGGUCCUCCAGGCGGUCCUCCUGGUGGUCCUCCCCAACAUCAUGGCUAUAAUCAGUAUCCUCCACCUCAACAGCAAGGAUAUAAUCAGUAUCCUUCCCAAGGCGGCCCUCCUCAGUCACAUCACCAGCCGCCCAAUCAAUACCCCCCGCCUAAUUACCCCCCACCAUCUGGAUUAGAUCCCUAUGGAUACCGCCAGGGCCCUCCCGUCCAGGGAUAUGGUGGCCAACAUCGAGCUGGACCACCUCCCCCAACAGCCCCCCAGCAAUUCGGGCAUGGUGCCCCGGAGGGCUACACCUUCCAAUAUUCCAACUGUUCGGGAAAGCGAAAGGCCCUAUUAAUUGGCAUCAACUAUAUGGGUCAACAGGGCGAAUUGCGUGGCUGCAUCAAUGAUACGAAGAAUGUUUCUCAAUUCCUAAUCGAGCGAUAUGGAUAUAAGAGAGAAGACAUGAUCGUGUUAACUGACGACCAACAAAAUCCUAUCAUGAUCCCAACCAAGGCUAACAUCAUCCGAGCCUGUGAGUGGCUUGUCUCCGGUGCUCGGCCCAAUGACGCUUUAUUUUUGCACUAUUCUGGCCAUGGGGGUCAAACUGAAGAUAAAGACGGGGAUGAGGAAGAUGGCUCUGAUGAGGUCAUUUAUCCCGUCGAUUAUAAACAGGCCGGUCACAUUGUGGACGAUGAUCUCCACCGCAUUGUUGUGAAGCCCCUCCAGGCCGGUGUAAGGCUGACGGCAAUAUUUGAUUCGUGCCAUUCUGGCUCCGUCCUGGACUUGCCAUACAUCUACUCCACAAAGGGUGCCCUCAAAGAGCCUAAUCUGGCAGCCGAAGCUGGGCAAGGUUUAUUAAAGGCCAUCUCCUCAUACGCUUCGGGUGACAUAGCAGGGGUUGGCAACGCUCUUUUCAGCUUUGCUAAGACUGCGUAUCGAGGUGAUGAUGGAUACAAAAAGACGAUUGAGACAAAGACCUCGCCGGCAGAUGUCAUCAUGUGGUCCGGCAGCAAGGACGAUCAGACUUCUGCGGAUGCUACAAUUGCAUCUCAAGCAACCGGCGCCAUGUCUUGGGCAUUCAUCACGGCCCUGAAACAAGACCCGAAGCAAAGUUACGUGGAGCUUCUCAAUAGUAUCCGCGACGUAUUGCAAACCAAGUACACGCAGAAACCGCAGUUGUCGUGCAGUCAUCCUCUUGAUACGAAUCUUCUCUUCGUGAUGUGAGCCAGUUUGUUUCGAGGAGCUUCAUGGAAGAGGACUCUGUACUUAAUAGCAGACUCAUAUUUGUGGUGAAUGAGACAAGUCAGUCAGAGUAGCCUCAUCAAUUCAUCGCAAUCUGAUUUUGUGCAAUAGUCCUCUAAUUACGCCAUAUAGAGUGGUUCCCUCGUGAUUUGCAAAUACAAAUUAAGUUAUGAGCUAGCCCCGAGG